UUGAAACAUAUUUCAAAUAUUACACUAUGUGAUUUAAAAUACAAAAUAAUUAGUCUACUUUUAGGCUUUUUUAUUUCAACUGCUUUAUCAACAAUGCCUGCCCAAACAGGUGACUGGGGUAUUAUUGGAGCAUCUAUUAUAGUUACAGUUUAUGAAAUAGCUAGUAAAUUGAUAUAUUCUAGAAAAAAUAACAUCUUAAAAAUACCUUCUAUUAUUAAUCAUAUAAAAAUAGGGAUUAUUUAUGGAAUAUUUGUAGAUGCAUUUAAAUUAGGUAGCUAA